AGGGCGCUGCAUCUCCGCGCCACCAAGACCUUCCGGGACCCGCAGGACACGGUGCGCCGGACGGGGGAGGAGUGGCUGGUGACGCUGGCGCAGAGCGAGGCCUACAUCCCCGAUGUCUACGAGGAGGUGGUGGGCAUUGUGGACAUCACCACACUGAGCAGCCGCCAGUACUGCGUGGUGUGCGACCCCGUGGGGCCUGACGGCAAGCCCCAGCUGGGCCAGGAGAAGGUGAUCAAGGGGGAGAAGUCAUUCUUCCUUCAGCCAGGGGAGUCUCUGAAGGAGGGGAUCCAGGACAUCUACAUCCUCUCGGAGGAUGAAGGGCUGCUGUUGCGGGCACUGAGCAAGCUGGAGGACUCGAAUGAGGACGGCGGUGAACUGCAGCGGAAGCCGGGCGAUCGCUGGCUCAUCCGGGGGCCCCUGGAGUACGUGCCGCCGGCAGAGGUGGAGGUGCUGGAGCGGCGCCGUGCCACCCCCCUGGGUGAGAACGAGGGGAUCUAUGUGCGGGACAUCAAGACAGGCAAGGUGCGGGCGGUGAUCGGUCACACCUACAUGCUGACGGAGGACGAGGAGCUCUGGGAGAAGGAUCUGCCCCCCAAGGUGGAGGCUCUGCUGUCCUCAGGCUGGGACCCCGUGGCUGACCGCUCUGGGGCCCCCCCCAGGGGAGGCGAGGGGCCUCCCCGUGACAAGACAUGGGUGGUGAGUUACCGGGUGCCCCACAAUGCGGCUGUGCAGGUGUAUGACUAUCGGGAGCGGCAGGCCAGGGUGGUGCUGGGCCCAGAGCUGAUUCUGCUGGGCCCGGACGAGCAGUUCACGGUGCUCAGCUUGUCGGGGGGGCGGCCCAAGACUCCCCACAGCCGCCGCUCGCUCUGCCUGCUGCUGGGCCCCGACUUCUGCACCGAUAUCGUCACCAUCGAGACGGCCGACCACGCCCGGCUGCAGCUCCAGCUGGCCUACAACUGGCACUUCGAGGUGCCGUCGCCCCCCGACCCCCCAGCACUCUCCCGGCUCUUCAGCGUCCCGGACUUCGUUGGAGAUGCCUGCAAAGCGCUGGCCUCCCGCAUCCGCGGGGCUGUGGCCUCCGUCAGCUUCGACGACUUCCACAAGAACUCGAACCGGAUCAUCUGCUCAGCCGUGUUCGGCUUCGACGCGGAGCUGCAGGUGCGCAGCUGCCUGCGCUUCCCCCAGAACGGGCUGGUGGUGAGCAGUGUGGACAUCCAGAGCGUGGAGCCGGUGGACCAGCGCACGCGGGACGCGCUGCAGAGGAGUGUCCAGCUGGCCAUCGAGAUCACCACCAACUCCCAGGAGGCGGCUGCCAGGCACGAGGCUGAGCGGCUGGAACAGGAGGCCCAGGGGCGGCUGGAGCGGCAGAAAAUCCUAGACCAGGCGGAGGCCGAGCGGGCCCGGAAGGAGCUGCUGGAGCUGGAGGCUCUGAGCGCGGCAGUGGAAAGUGCCGGCGCGGCACGAGCCGAGGCCCAAUCCAAGGCGGAGGCGGCGCGGAUCGCGGGCGAGGCGGCUGUGGAACAGGCCAAGCUGAAGGCGGAGGCAGCCGCCAUUGAGACGGAGUCGGAGCUGGCACGGCUGGGCCAGGCGCGGGAGCAGGAGCUGCGCUUCGCCCGGGCGCAGGGCGAGCAGGAGGCGGCGCGGGCGCAGCUCUUGGCCGAGGUGGAGGUGCAGAAGUUCCAGCGGGUGACGGAAGCCAUCGGGCCCGAGACCCUGCGGGACAUUGCGCUGGCUGGGCCGGAGCUGCAGGUGAAGCUGCUGAAGGGCCUGGGCCUCCAGUCGGCCCUCAUCACGGAUGGCUCCUCCCCCAUCAACCUCUUCUCCACGGCGGGGGGGCUGCUGGGCAUCCUGCCCAGGCCCCCUCCAGGGCCCCAUGCCUGAGGGCCCUGCCCCCCACUGGGCCUUACACUCUGCAAUAAAGAUGGCAGCCGAC